AUGGCCUCGAGCUCGACAGCAGUUUUGUUCCUUCUGCUUGCCACUGCAGGCAUAGCAAGCGCUGCUCUAUCAUGGGAGAGACAGUUUUUGGAUCCUCACAACAAAGCUCGUAAGGCUGUCAAAGUCCCCAACUUGUCGUGGGACCGGAAUCUGGCCAAGUAUGCCCAGAAUUGGGCCAACAAGCAAGCUCGUAACAACUGUCAGCUGAAGACCUCCAAUGGCCCAUACGGUGAGAACAUGUACUGGUCCAGCCGGAGUAGCACUCCCUUGGCUGCAGUUAAUGCCUUUGUCAAAGAGAAGCAGAACUACAACCACGCAUCGAACACCUGCAAAGCAAAUACAAGGAAUUCGUGUCGGAUUUACACUCAGGUUGUCUGGAAGAAAACGACGAAGCUCGGUUGUGCAUCGUCCAGGUGUCCCACGGGAGGAACUAUCACCGUGUGCAGCUACAAUCCUCCAGGUAAUUUCGUUGGCCAGAGGCCAUACUAG